AUUCUGGCAGUUCUACACCAUGUGCCAAUGUUACUUCACCAUUAGAAUCUUGUGCCGAUGUUACUUCAGAAUCUGAAAUUAGCAAUGAUCGUUCUCAAAAAAGAAACAGACAAGGAGAGCCCGUUUUCAAUGAAGUGUGGAACUAUGUUAUUAAGGGUGAAAGA